UUAUUGUAUGGGCAGGCAUAAACUACAGACAACGAACACAAUUAUCCAUCGCAAUUUGAAUGCGCAGAAACAGGGUGACUCGAUCCUGAGUCCCAUUGUAGUUUUCUGUAUUCCCAGUCAUAUCCAGGGCGGCCCACCAUUGGCCCAGCGUCGUCCGGGUUUGGCCAGGGCAGGCUGUCUUUGUUCUUAACUGAAUGUAUUUCAAUUGACUGAUUUCGUCAUAUGAACUGUAACUCGGUAAAGUCUCCGAAUGUGUUGCAUAUUGCGUUUAUAUUUUUGUUCAGUAUACUUUCAUGGUAGAAUAUAUAAUUUGACUUGAGAAGAGAACAAAUCUGGUAUACUCCCUAUUGUAUCAUAAUCGUGCUGCUGUAUAAAUCGGUGGGAUUUCCGAUUCUCUCCAACGGAUGUUGUACAAAUUUGGUGUAACCGCUAAAUACGCCCUUCCGUCAACUCAAUCUUUUUUUCGGGGGUGUGCGUUCUCUGAUGAGAAGCUAACUAGAUAGCCAAGUAGUUCUUUGCUUCACUAAUGUGACCUUGCGCUGAGGAUUCGGAAUCGCCAUGAAGUACGCAUUGUUCUCGACGGUAGCUGUGACUGCUGGGGUGUUAUUGCUGUCCACUGUGGGCAUAAUUAUAGCCCUCUACCUAGGCAAGAAGAAAAAGCCUCCAGUCACCUUGCUUGACCCUACCCAGAAAUACCAGCUAACGCUCAUCGAUAAAGAGGUGAUCAGCCAUGAUACUCGCAGGUUCCGCUUUCGACUUCCCUCAGCAGAACAUAUCCUGGGGCUGCCUGUAGGGAAGCAUGUAUACCUCUCUGCCCGUAUUGACGGCAGCCUGGUAGUCAGACCAUACACACCUGUGUCCAGCGACAACAACAAAGGAUAUGUUGACUUGGUUGUGAAGAUCUACUUCAGUAAUGUGCACCUCAAGUUUCCUGAUGGAGGCAAGAUGUCCCAGUACCUGGAGAGUCUGCACCUGGGAGAUGUGGUGGACUUCAGAGGACCAGGAGGACUGCUGGAGUACAGAGGGCAUGGGCAGUUUGCAGUUCAGACAGACAAGAAGUCUCCUGCGGAGAUAAAAGUUGCCAGUACUGUGGGUCUGAUAGCUGGAGGAACAGGCAUCACCCCUAUGCUACAACUGGUGCGCGCUAUCAUGAAGGACCCCAGUGACAGGACCACCUGCAGCCUGCUGUAUGCCAACCAGACUGAGAAGGAUAUCCUGCUGAGGGAUGAGCUGGAGGAGGUCCAGGCCAGACACCCAGACCGCUUCAAGCUGUGGUUUUCAGUGGACAGGGCACCCGAGGGCUGGGAGUACAGUGAGGGCUUCAUCAAUGUGGAUAUGAUCCAGGAGCACCUGCCCACCCCCAGUGAGGACACCUUGGUGCUCAUGUGCGGUCCACCCCCCAUGAUCCAGUUUGCUUGCAACCCCAACCUGGACAAGUUGGGCUACCGGCAGAGUCAGCGCUUCGCCUACUAGUCACCAGCCUAGGAACUAUCCUCCCAGCCACACCCAGCAUGGGCCUUCUCAAUGCAACAAUGACAUCAAUUCAGUGCUUGGUUGGGCCGGAACUACUGCUUGAGUACCGGCAUCUCUUAUAGAAUAUUGGCUCAAAGAUUUUGCCGAGUUCCAGCACCUAAAUACAUACAGUACUGGCACCCAAAAUAAGUAUGGGCACCAUUUUCAGUCCGCUUAAAGCACUGCAUCAAUUUACUACCAAAAGCCCCAUUAUGGUAAGUGCAGACAGGUUGAGCAUUAAAUGCUCACUUGGAACCAAAGUCCUACCUUUGUAUUAUUAGCCUCCAUCUCCUGCUGAUAUCUACAAUUGUAUUUUUAGGUGAGGUUUUAAAGCUUUGAUUUAUUAUUGAUGUACUUAGCCUUGAGCAGUCCUCCUAAAAACAGGACAGAGCGAACAUAAUUAAAGAUAAAGCCGCAUACUGAACUGAAUUAUGCCCAGGGAUGCAAUGCUGAAUAUAAGGAGGCUGCCCAGGCAGCUUUACUUUAAUUGCAUAUCAUUUGUUGUGUGUGCAUUUAAGUGUUACAGCUGCUGUAGAGAUGUGUUAUACUGUAUUUUGGCACAUGUGGGGCUUUUUGAUGUGUGUCUAGUGGGUAUGGGAUCUGACUCUUUCUUAUUGUAUUUCUGUGAGAUUGUGUGAGCAUAAUUAUUCAAGGCUCUUUUUGUUUGAUAUAUAAUUUCAGAGUUUAAUCUGCAAUGCACUACAGUCUUUGUAAAAAUGGAUUGUGUUUAUGAAAAGACAAUAAAAAUUUCUGCCACUUCAAA